UCUUAGACUUUAUUUAAUGUGGCCCACCUUGUCAUUAAAAGUUGUCUUCCACGCCAUUAAAUGGCCCACCACAUGAAUUUAAAGACGUCUUCCACAUCAUUCAAUGUGGCCUUCUGAUGGCUGUCAUAAUUUAGAAGUGGUCCUGAAUCAAAACGAGUUUGAAACCCCUGUCAAAGAACUAGCCUGGCCUGCCAAAUGUUUUAAUGUGGCUUCCACAUAAUAUAAUGUUGUCUUAGACUUUAUUUAAAGUGGCUCGCCAUGUCAUUUAAAGUGUUCUUCCAGGCCAUUAAAUGGCCCACAACAUGAAUUUAAGUGGUCUUCCACUUCAUUGAAAGUGGCCCACCACAUGAAUGUAAUGUGGUCUCCCACAUCAUUUAAUGUGGCCCUCUGAUUGCAGUCAUGAUUUAGAAGUAGCCCUCAAUAAAAACAAGUUUGACACCCUUGUCAAAAAAUUAUCCUGGCCCGCCACAUCAGUUAAUGUGGUCUUCCACAUCAUUGAAGGUGGCCCACCACAUGAAUUAACGUGGUCUCCCACCUCAUUUAAAGUAGCCCUCUGAUUGCAGUCAUGAUUUAGAAGUGGCCCUCAAUAAAAACGAGUUUUACACCCUUGUCAAAGAAUUAUUGUGGCCCGCUGCAUCAGUUAAUGAGGUCUUCCACAUCAUUAAAUUUGGCCCACCACAUGAAUUAAUGUGGUUUCACACAUCAUUUAAAGUGGCCCUCUGAUUGCAGUCAUGAUUAUGAAAGUGGCCCUCAAUAAAAACGAGUUUGACACCCUUGUCAAACAAUUAUUGUGGCCCGCUGCAUCAGUUAAUGAGGUCUUCCACAUCAUUGAAUUUGGCCCACCACAUUAAUUAAUGUGGUCUCACACAUCAUUUAAAGUGGCCCUCUGAUUGCAGUCAUGAUUAUGAAAGUGGCCCUCAAUAAAAAACAACAGUUUGACACCCGUGUCCAACAUGACUCGGCAAACACAACAACACCAGUGACGGCGGCGUGGAGAAGAGCGUCACGCCGCAAACCAAAAGAACGUUCCGGAGAAGCGUGGCGAGGGCCCCGCCCAGCUGGUCAUGAACAUCAGAAGACAACAAUGGUGGGUCAUGUGACCAGCGUGAGGCCAGAGAGAGAGAGAGAGAGCUGGGGCGAGACAGAGGCUGAGUGACACAUGAAUGGUUGAGGACGCCAACAUGGAGGAAACAUCAGCACGCCAGUGAGGAAGUUGUGGAAGGUCUUCAACAUGUGACGCAGACCAGGUGUGUGCCCAGGAUCCAGGAGCAUCAAAGUCAUCGCUACGUCGCCAUGAGGCGCGCCCUGGUUCUUCUCCUCACCUGCCUCACCUGGACCUCGGCUCUGCUCGCAGCCCCCACCGAGCUGAGGUACCUCCUGGAGCCGCCCGUUUACGCCGAGGUCGUCGGCCGGCGCGGCGAGGACGCCACCCUGCCGUGCGUCCUUAAAAGCAAACCGGCCAACUACAAAGUCAAAUGGACCAAGCUGGAGCCGGGCGUCAUCGGCCCCGAGAACAUCGUGAUGAUUUCCGACGCGCACGCCUUCAAGCGACACGGCCAGCUGGGACCACGGGCGUCCCUGCGGCGAGCCCACGGCAUGGACGCCUCGCUGCGGCUCGCCGACCUGCGGCUACACGAUGGCGGCACGUACCGCUGCGAGCUCAUCGACGACAUCGAGGACGAGAGCGUGGCGGUCACUCUGAGGAUAGACGGUGUGGUUUUCCCCUAUCAGAGCCAAAAUGGCCGCUACAAGCUGACCUUCGGCGAGGCCAAGACGGCGUGCGAGGAACAGGAUGGCGUCUUAGCCUCUCAUGACCAAUUGUACAGAGCCUGGACCGAGGGUCUGGACUGGUGCAACGCGGGCUGGUUGCAGGAUGGACAGGUCCAGUACCCCAUCAUCACGCCUCGGCCUGCCUGCGGUGGAGCAGAACCGGGUCCCGGCAUUCGCAGUUACGGACUGAAAGACAAGCAGCGGGAUCGUUUCGACGCCUUUUGCUUCACCUCGCUGAGCAGCGGGUCCGUCUUCCACGUGGCGGGCUCCUUCUCCUUUCAGCAGGCCCAGCAAACGUGCGCACGCCACGCAGCUGACCUGGCCUUGGUGGGCCAGCUCUACUCCGCCUGGCGCUUCCACAACUACCACCGCUGUGACGGCGGCUGGCUGAGAGACGGCAGCGUGCGCUUCCCCGUGGCCAAGCCCAGGGGGCGCUGCGGGGGCCUCGCCGACCCGGGGGUGCGCUCCUUCGGGUUCCCGCCCAAGUCCUCGCAUCUCUACGGCGCUUACUGCUACCAGGAAGUCCUCAGAUCACAGUAGUCACCAAAAACACCUUGCAUCCAACUAUCUAUCAUCCGUCCAUCUAUCCAUCCAACAACCAUCUAUCAUCCAUCCUUCUAUCAUUCAUCCAUCUUUUCCAACCAACCAUCUAUCUAUUUAUCAUCCAUCCUGCCAUCAUUCAUCUAUUCUUCCAUACUUCCAACCAUCCACCAAUUCCAUCUAUCCAUCCAUCAUUCAUCCAUUUAUCCAACCAAUUAUCUAUCUAGCAUCCAUCCUUCCAUGAUUCAGCCAUACUUCCAACCAUUCGUCAAUUCCAACUAUCCACCAUCCAUCCAUCCAUCCAUUUUUCCAACCAACCAUCUAUCUAUUUAUCAUCCAUCCUUCCAUACUACCAACCAUCCAUCAAUUCCAUCUAUCCAUCUAUCAUUCAUCCAUCCAUACAGCCGAAUCUUCCAUCAAUUCCAUCCAUCAUCCAUCCAUCCUUCCAUGAUCCAUCCAUACUUCCAACCAUCCAUCAAUUUCAACUAUCCACCCAUGAUUUAUCCGUGCAUCCAACAUCCAUCCAGCUAUCCAACCAACCAUAUAUCAUCCAUCAAUUCAAUCAUCCAUCCAACAGCUAUCAUCCAUCUAUACAUCCAACCAUCCAUAAAAUACAUCUAUCAUCCAGCCAUCCAAACAACCAUCUAUCUACUUAGCCAUCCUUCCAUCAUUCAUCUAUUCUUCCAUACUUCCAACCAUCCACCAAUUCCAUCUAUCCAUCCAUCAUUCAUCCAUUUAUCCAACCAAUUAUCUAUCUAGCAUCCAUCUUUCCAUGAUUCAGCCAUACUUCCAACCAUUCGUCAAUUCCAACUAUCCACCAUCCAUCCAUCCAUCCAUUUUUCCAACCAACCAUCUAUCUAUUUAUCAUCCAUCCUUCAUACUACCAACCAUCCAUCAAUUCCAUCUAUCCAUCUAUCAUUCAUCCAUCCAUACAGCCGAAUCUUCCAUCAAUUCCAUCCAUCAUCCAUCCAUCCUUCCAUGAUCCAUCCAUACUUCCAACCAUCCAUCAAUUACAACUAUCCACCCAUGAUUUAUCCGUGCAUCCAACAUCCAUCCAGCUAUCCAACCAACCAUAUAUCAUCCAUCAAUUCAAUCAUCCAUCCAACAGCUAUCAUCCAUCUAUACAUCCAACCAUCCAUAAAAUACAUCUAUCAUCCAGCCAUCCAAACAACCAUCUAUCUACUUAGCCAUCCUUCCAUCAUUCAUCUAUUCUUCCAUACUUCCAACCAUCCACCAAUUCCAUCUAUCCAUCCAUCAUUCAACCAUCCAUUAAUUCCAUCUAUCAUCCAUCCAUCUAUCCAACCAAUUAUCUAUCUAUCAUCCAUCCUUUCAUGAUUCAUCCAUACUUCCAACCGUCCGUCAAUUCCAACAAUCUAUCCAUCAUUUAUCCAUCCAUCCAUCCAUCCAUCCAUCCAUCCAUCCAUCCAACCAACCAUCUAUUAUACAUCCUUCCAUACUUCCAAUCAUCCAUCAAUUCCAUCUACCCACCAUCCAUCCAUACAUCCAUCCAUUUUUCCAACCAACCAUCUAUCUAUAUGUCAUCUAUCCUUCCAUCAUUCAUCCAUCCUUACAAACUACCAACCAUCCAUCAAUUCCAUCUAUCAUCCAUCAUUCAUCCAUCCAUACAGCCAAAUCUUCCAUCAAUUCCAUCUAUCAUCCCUCCAUCUAUCCAUCCUUCCAUGAUCCAUCCAUACUUCCAACCAUCCAUCAAUUCCAACUAUCCAUCCGCCAUUUAUCCGUGCAUCCAACAUCCAUCCAUCUAUCCAACCAACCAUUUAUCAUCCAUCCUUCCAUACUUCCAAUCAUCCAUCAAUUCCAUCAUCCAUCCAACAGCUAUCAUUCAUCCAUACAUCCAACCAUCCAUCAAAUCCAUCUCAUUCAUCCAUCAAACCAUCCAUCUAUCCAUCAUCCAUCCAUACAUCCAAAUUUUCCAUCAAUUCUAUCUAUCAUCCAUCCACCCAACCAAUGAUCCAUCUAUCAUCCAUCCUUCCAUCAUUCAUCCAUACUUCCAACCAUCCGCCAAUUCCAACAAUCCUUUCAUUAUCCAUCCAUCCAUCCAUCUAUUCAACCAACAUCUAUCAUCCCUCCUGCCAUCAUUCAUCCAUCCUUUCAUAUAUCCAAUCAUUUAUCAAUUCCAUCUAUGUGUCAUCCAUCCUUCCAUGAUUCAUCCAUACUUCCAUCCAUCCAACCAUCCAUCAAUUCCAUCUAUCAUCUAUCCAACCUUCCAUCAUUCAUCCAUCCUUCCAUACUUACAACCAUCCAUCUAUUCCAUCUAUCCAUCCAUCAUUCAUCCAUCCAACCAUCCAUCAAUUCCAUCUAUCCAUACAUCCGAAUCUU